AUGCUACGUCCCAGCCGUAAGGAGACGGUGACGCUAGGGCUCCCCCGUUCAACAGGACCUCGCCAGAGGGGACGAAGACCGAUUAAUUCUCCCUCUAGUUCCCCCCCAAAAAUUUUUAGUCCACCUGCUCAGGUGCGAGGUAACCCAAACCUAGGAACCCGCCAGUGCUAUCGUUGUGGCGAGUUGGGACAUAUAUCGUGGCAGUGUGAAAAACCAGAUGAGCCCAUGCCCACUGAGGAAUCAGUAAGUGGUCCCCAGGUACAUUUUGCAGCUCUGAUGGGGGAAACUGGCAGUUAUCGCUGAACCUGCCCAGUAAAAGUAAACCAGUGUGAUGUAGAAGCCUUGCUGGACUCAGGGAGUGCUCGUACUUUGAUAAAUGAAUCUGUAUUGGAACCAUCCCUGCAGCCACAGGGUCCAUCAGUCCCCGUGGUAUGUGUGCAUGGGGACACCCACGAGUAUCCCACCACCACAGUGAAGUUAAAGACAACAAAAGGUUCUUUUGACGUUGAAGUGGAAGUACUCAAAACCCUUCCUGUUCCGGUUUUGAUUGGCCUGGACUGCCCUGCCUUCACACUUCUAUGGACCGAUGCCCAAAAGAGGCGGACACGGGAUCCCAGAAAACGUAAGGGGCCAAAGACUGACAUAAGUACCUCAUGGGUCAAUCAUGCCAAAGCAUACUCCUCUUCACCAGGUCCCGCCCAAGCAUUCAUUGCAGACUCCAGUGGCACAGAAACUGCCCCAGAGGGAUCUCCAGAAGCAGAGCUUCCUUCCUGGCCCAGUGAGGAGGAAGCCGCUACGCCAAAAGAAACAGCCCCGUUGAAAGGUCAGUACGGAACGGCACAAUUUGGGACCCAACCUUGGUAA